AUGGAAACUAAUCUAAAGGAGCUUAUAGAACAAUCACAUGAUCCCAAGGAAAAUCAGCGAAAUGUCGACGAUAUUAUAAAUAUGGUCACUGCUGAGAACUUGUGUUCCUGCCGAGACCCCGUAAACAUGGCUUUCCAGGUACAUAGCCAAAAAAUGCUGUCAGUUACUCCUUGUAGGCCAAAUUUAUCGUUUUCGGUGGACCUAGAGCUUUUUAUGAUGGUUACAUCAUCAGGUUAUCCAAAAGAUACAGUGGGCAACACUGGAUUUGACAGGGUCCCAAAGGGGUUUAGGGCUCCAGGGCUCCGGCCUUAAAAAUGCAGGGCUCCAGGGCUCCAAGACGAAAAUUUCAGGGCUCUAGGGCUCCACAUCAUCUGCUUUAGGGCUCCAGGCUCCACUCUGAUCUACAAUCUUGAUAUGUAAAAAUUCCAUUUUUAACGCUAAAUCAAAUACGCAAAUAAAAAAGUCAGCAAUUCUGAUCAAUUUUUUAAACCCAAGCAUCCGGUUAUAUUAUCUAUUAUUAUUAUCGACCGCUCAGACCGCUCGGUCAGUUCGCCUUGUUGUUGCUUUCGUUUCAUAUUCCGAGAUGACUGAAUCAAGCGAGUUAAAAGAGGCAGAUCUACUUGAUGCAACCGCGUGUUUAUAUAAACUGGGGACAGACAAGGCCUGCCAUCGGUGGAGUUUCAUGUUGAAACGCGAGAGAGGUACGACGUACGACUGUCUCUGGUUCCUCGAGGACCUUUUGCCAUUCCAUUUUACCGAAUCUGGCAUCGAGAACACGACUGUUGUGUCACAAGGAACUCUCAAGUAUUCAAUUCCAAGCGAAGAUGUAGAAGAGGGGACUGUCAGAGUUGAAGAGGAGUGGUAUGAGAAAACUAUGCUUUUGGCGCUGGAUGAAGUUGACGCCACAACCACCACAGAGAGAGCACUAAUAGCUCAAGAAGAAGAUGAAGAUGUGCGUGGGACAGUUGUUGCAUAUCACUAUAAACUGAGAUAACCGCGUAUACUUGUAUUAUGUACUGUCCUCUCUUCAGAUUCUGUUUCUUUAUGCCCGUUAACACGCACAAGCAAACACAAAAAGGCAGUAAUCAAGAAUCAAUGCAAUCUGGGAACUCGAAUGAUCAAACUUGAAAAUGCUGGGCUCCGGGCUCAGCGCAAAAUGUCUUUGGGCUCCGGGCUCCACAGCCAAAAAAGGAUCACGGCUCCAGUCAGUAAAAUGGUAGGGCUCCGGGCUCCACAGCAGAAAUUUCAGGGCUCCAGGGCUCCAGGGACCCCCCCUUUGGGACCCUGAUUUGAGACAUCUUAUUCUUCACUUCUUUUUGAUGUACUGGAAGUCCACUUUGUAUCAGACAAGCUGUCGCACCAUGUGUCGAUAAGUCCAAGAAUUAAUUUUGACUGAUUUUUAUCUAUCUGCGGGUUGCCAAGGAUGUUGUAAGGACCGAGUGUAAGAUAGAACAAAUUAAAAUUUCCCAAACUUUGCCAAAAAAAAGGGUUCGGUGAACUAUUUCUAAACAUUUGACUUUCGGGUUGUUUAGAGUAAAAUUUAUUUUUUUCGGAUUUUUUUUUUUUAAUUUUGGACGUGGAGGCCAGCUAAAAUCACGCCGACAUAGGUACUUUUGCAGAAGCCCCGAUUUACAGUUUGAAAUCUUCCUCGUGAAGAUUAUUUAAAUCAAACUAUCUUAGUUUUUAGAUUACCAGCGGCGUCAAAUUUAAAUAAAACGACAAGACGAGUUUUUUGUUUUUAAUUUAACACGUUUCAACAGUAAUGUUAACAAGUCAAUUUUGGCUAAAUUCAAGGCUUAAAAAACAACCUGAUUGCUUAGCCCCACAAAACUAUACUACGAGGAAACAUUAUCGUUUCAACUUAACAGAGGGGAAAAAAUUGGGGUAAUUAAACAGCGAGUUCCGGGUAGGUUCUUUUUCUCUUUAAACGGACCAAUCAGCUCUAGUUGUAUUAAUCAUUACCUUAGUAAUCUCAUCUCGACCAAAAUCUUUCCCCGAUCUCACUCCCUCUGGUAAGGCACAGGAGUUUUAUCACUGUUUUGUCUUUUCGCCGAGGUUCGGUCUCAUCCGUUUAAAACGCUCUUGUUUCAGUCUAAGGCCAGUUUCAAACGUCGUGCUACUGCCGUGCCGAACAAAAUUGAUCGAAUUAAAUUCGACUUUAGUACGCCAGUAGAUCGGCGUUUCAAACUAAGUCGUGCUACUGCCGUGUAGCACGGCCCUGGGGGGGGGGGGGGCACUUGGGUAUUUUUUGGGUGGGUAUGUGCCGCCCGGGACUCCAAAUUGGCACCCCGUUCUAAAAAAAAUUUCCUCUAAAAUUGAUACCCCGUUCUAGAAAUGAGCCAAUUUUUUAUACCCCGUUCUAGAAUUCGCCCUAAAACUGACACCCCGUUCUAGAAAUGGGCCAAUUUUUUAUACUCUGUUCCAGAAAGUUUGUAAAUUGAAUAGCCCUGUUUCUUUAAAAAGAUAUUUCUUUAUUUGUUCGACUUAUACAUCAAAUAAA